AUGUGUGAAUACGUUCGUUGGAGUGUUGACUAUAUAGAGCAACAUGCAAAACAUGUCAAGGUUAAUCAAAUAAAACUAAAAGAAAAAAUAAUUCCAUUACUAGAAAGGAUUGAAGCAGAAACCUUUGAUGAGAGUAUUCACCAAGCACCUAAUGAUAUUGAAUCACGACUAAGAUAUAUUUUAGUUGUAGAUGCACUAAACUUUUGUUUUUGGCCAACUGAAGGAUUUGAAUAUGAUGAUUUAACAAAAGGAUUGUCACAUCUUGAACAAGACCAUCCUGAAGUUUUUGAACCUAACCAAAUGAAAAAUAUAUCCAGUUGCUUACUCGCUGAAUACUUAGUUUAUGAAAAUCGUGUUAUUUCAAAUAUUGAAGAAAGAACUCGAUUGAUGAGAGAAGUAGGUGAAGUUUUGUGUAAUAGAUUUAACCAAAAGGCGUUAAAUUUAUUAGAAGAAUCAAAAUAUGAUGCAACGACUUUAGUUUCUCUUAUUGCAAAAGAAUUUCCUGGAUUUAGAG